CACCCGCGUCGUGAGCAUUAUGCAUGUGGUUACUAAAAGGCUUUCCCAAUGUGCACCUGCUCUUGCGAGGUUCGCUUUGCUUCACCAUCCAACGUCACCACCAGUGAGGUGGUGGUGAUAAUCGCUACUCCGUGGGCUUCAAACCACACUUCACUCCUGGAGCUCGUGAGUUGUCCCCUGAGCUCAUGUCCAUCUUAAUUGCCGAGAGUGUGGCUGUUCCCUCUUGUCGCCAGCUUCACGCAAUCAGUGAAUUUUUCCUCUGUUUUUUUCUUCACAAUAGAGAUGUACAGAGGUAGGUGGAAGUUUGCGAGUGUUUUGAGGCUCUUCGAGAUACGGAAAGGCAUUUAGUGAAUUCGCACAUUGGGGGUAGAGGUUUUAGUGUAUUGGUUGUUAGAUUCACCUCCAUGUGAUACCGAUCUCUGUGAGAGGUGAUGCACUGGUGGCGUUGGCAAAACGGAAGAACGAUGGGUACCAAGGAGAGAGACUGAGAAAGUGAAGUGUUUGACUGUGAAUUAUAAGAGGAGAGAUGGCAUGAUUGUGGUUGCUAGCUGGAAAGAACAUUGAAAUCACUUUGAGCGUUUUUCUUUUUGAAGAAAGACGACAUCAUUGACAAAAAACAUACAGCAGAAUGGGCGCUCGCUCACUUCUACCUAAUGGAGCUAUUGACACUUCACGGUAUGGUUGUCGGCAGUCAGAGAUUGCGCCUCGUAGAAAGAUUGAGGGUAAUGCGAGCCCCAAAUCUGUUAUUGCAGACGUCCGCUUUAUCAGCCCAGCAUCAUCCUCAUCAAGUAUCAUGGACUGUCGUCCUCAGUCGGACGCAACUUCUGUCAAGUUGCCGCAACCUCGCCUUGACCGAGGUUACGCAAUAUUGGAAAGAGAACGGAGCGACGGGGAGACACUACUAGAAUCAACUCGUAACUUCAACAAGGUUUGUGCCAUCUCUGGAUCGUUGGAGCCACUGCUGGAGACCCAACCGCUAGCAUUAAAAGCUACAAGAGCCAAUAUUAGCACAGGAGAAGAGAAUUCUCACAACAAGCCAUGCCAAACAGUUGCAUCGCUUCCUGCCGUUGUGGAUAAGUACCAAAUUCAGCGCAACAAAGGGCCACAUCAGGCGGUAACGUCAAGUGACCUUGCCACAGUGCACGAUGCUACGUCCAUUCCCGCUGCAGACAAUCAAAUCACGUCAGAGAGCUCACGGUCAAGCUUUCGCAAUGCCAUCCUACCACAGAAUCUUUCUGUCCCGAGAAUCUGUCAUGAAAAGAACAGAGAAAGAUUGACAGCUCGUGGGCAUGUUGAUCAUCCUGGAACUCCGGCCCGGGUCUUUUCAGGUUGUCAAUCGCAAUCAGGAAGUCCUUUGGGAAAUCUUAUUUCAUUCGAAAGCCCUGGAGUUGAGAUGGGCAUUGUAUCAUACAGCGCUGCGAGCUUGGUGGAGCAUUCGAGUAGAGGCAAGUCUUUUCAGCACAGGUUGUUGUCGAGCCCUCUUCAUGGAGGAGUUUGUCCCCGACCUCCACCUUCGAAGUGGGAUGAUGCAGAGAAAUGGAUCUCCAGUCGUAGUAAUCACGAAUUGGCGUCACCUCAACCUCUUCUUCAUCGACCUACACAAGCUCUCUCAUCAGGAAGAAGGCAUUUUAAUGGGGGUCAUUGUCUCAGGCCUCACGUUGGACCUGAUAGUCUAGAAGUUUUAGCAACAACGUCUGAGAGAAACCCAUCGUCUCCGACACUGAAGAAUACGAAUACAAAUGCCGGAAGCUUGACGAGAUGUGAUUUGCAAAAGAGGCGAUCAAAGACUCUUUCCUUCGGCGAUCUAUCAAAACGAGUCUUCGACAUUUCUCGUUCCGAUGAAUACCAGAUGACCAGUUGCCUUCCGAAAUCCAAUGAACAUGCGGAAGAUGUGGAAGUGUCCUCCAAAAAUGGAGUCAGAAGCCACGAAACUCAAAGUGAUGGAGUCGCCGAGCUCAACAGGAGACAUCGAUCACCCAAUCAGACUGCGUCGGCACAAUCAAGAGAAUGCGUCAUCUCGGAAUCUCUUCGACAAGACAAAUCGAAGAUGCUUGAAGCCGCAAAAUGUUCAGAUAACUCUGCGGAUGUGGAGAUUCUAAAGCACACACUUACGGAAUCGAUGGAGGGAUUGGGCUCGCAUCAAUUGGGAACUCCGAUUGCUGCCGAUGUUUUUACAACCUCCGGUGGUAGCUGGAAGUUCGUUGGGAGAACAUCUUCAACCAGGAGCCAGAAAAGCUCAACAUGCACAACUUCGGCAUGUGCUACUUCACCUUCACGACACAACACGCCGGCUCGGCCAGGCAGGCGGCCAGCUUCGUUUGGGUCGACCUCUGCUGGACUUGGAGUGCUGGAGCUUCGCACAUGCCAUUUAGCGAAAUUGGAACUCUGCAAACUGGGAGGCAAAGACAGAAACGUCAUUGUUUGGAGCACUCAGCAGGAGGAGGAUGUGGAGUGCUCCGUGAGUUUGAGGGAUAAUGAUUCAGGGGUAUUAGACAGAGAAUUCGACAUUGAUUUUGCGGCAGCGCAGGAAGAAUCAGCCAAGCAGACCAAGAAAAUAGAAUUGUUCGAUAAAGAGGAAGCCAGAAUCAAGGCUUGGGAAGAGCUCCAGAUGGCUAAGGCUGAAGCAGAGAUGCAGAAAUUAGAGAUGAAGCUUGAGAAGAUGCGGAUACGAGCUCACGAGAAGAUGUCUAACCGGAUAGCUCUUGCAAGGAAGAAGGCUGAGCAGAUGAGAGCUUCUGCUCAUGAAAAGGGAUCGAACCUAUCUACACUGCAGCAAGUCGAGCAGAUUCGUGAUGUUGACCACUUCUCAUCGAAGCCAAAGCCUCCUUUCAAAAACUGCUUCAAGGCAUAGUUUUCAUCCUCGGCUGCACAGUCUUCAAUGACAAUCCAGCCCUGUUUGACAUCGCUCACUCUCUCAUUGCCAUUUCGCUUGGGUACCUCCCAAAGUUGCCACUACCGCGGCUUUUACCCAAACUGUCACAUUUGCCUCAACUGUCACAUCUGUGUACAUUUGUCUUGAUUCAUGAAUUUCUGUAAGAGUCAAACACUAGCCAUAGUUUCAUGAGAUUCCAACUCGUGCCGAGGACAUGGCUUGUUAUGAGGUCAAUUCAAAAAUCUAGUGCGCCUUCACCCACGUCACGGCGAAAUUUGAUGGUCUCUCUCUCUCUCUGAGUCGAGGACAGGAAAGAAGACAACUGUAUCAGUGAUUACAGCAGAAAAGCACGAGACAUUGUAUACGUAGAAACAACGAAAUAGAUAAUGCAGAGAGAAAAUAGGAGUCAUGUGAUGUCAUGCAAUGCGAGUUGGAAUCACAAGCUGCGUCAAUGGCAACAACCAGCUUAACCAAUCCGUCAUCAACAUGCUGGCAUGGGAAUGGUGAUGCAUUGUCAAGAGUCCUGUAGCUCAGUUACGCAAAGAACUUUAGGGUUGCUAAGUAAACGCUAGAGACUAACAGAUGUACAUUCGCUUGUUUGGCCACCGCAGUAUAGCAUGAGUAUUGACCAAGUGGGUAAACAGACGGUAUGGAAACUUAUCACUGAUAAACGAUUGUGAACUCAUGAAAACCCAAACCACGAGACCAUCAAUUUGAUAAACAAUUUACCAUGCCA